AGCUGUAAGGUGCAAGUAAAAUUCAAAAUGCUCUUCAACUCUUUCUCUGUCAAUUUCUACGCUGUCUUCAUCUUCUAUCUACAAUUAGAAAUCAUAAUUCUGGUAUAAAAAAAAAAGCGACCCCAUCACCUUACACAAAUAUAAAUUGCCAACCCAAUACACCCCUCCACCACCAACUUCAUCUUCUCUGUCUCUCAAUAUACAAAGAUAAGAUCUUCUUCCAGAAUCUACCGAUAUAUAUACAAACCUUGUUGUUAAAGUAGCAGUUUACAAAAUCAGAAGAAAGAGAUGGGGUUCUGGACACUGUUUGAAGUGGCAACAAUGCCAAUUUUGCAAGUGCUUAUAAUAGGCUUAUUGGGAGCUUUCAUGGCUACUGAAUUCUGCAAUCUUCUUCCAACAGAAGCCCGAAAAUCCUUAAACAAGAUUGUGUUCAUGGUGUUCACUCCUGCUCUCAUCUUUGCAUCUUUGGCCAAAACUGUGACGUUUCAAGACAUAAUCUCAUGGUGGUUUAUGCCGGUUAACAUUGGACUCACAUUUCUAUUUGGAGGCAUUCUUGGGUGGAUAGUUGUCAAAAUUCUAAGACCAAAGCCCUAUCUUGAAGGCCUCAUCAUUGCCACAUGUGCUUCAGGGAACUUGGGAAAUCUUCUGCUUAUAAUUGUCCCUGCAAUCUGUAAUGAGGAAGGAAGUCCAUUUGGGAAUCGUAAUGUUUGUAGCUCUGUUGGACUCUCUUACGCGUCUUUCUCCAUGGCGCUUGGCGGUAUCUACAUAUGGACUUACAGUUACCAACUAAUAAAAAGCUCAUCAGUUAAAUUCAAAGCACUUCAAACUGCUGAGGACAUAACAAAGUCAAAGGCUGCCAACCAGGAUUUUGAUGCCACCCCACAAACCCAACUUCUCAAGCCAGAAGAAAAUGAACAAAAUGCAUCUGUAAAUCUGUCAUUACCAAAGUCUACUUGUGCAGAUCCUGAAAGCCAAACUGUAACCUACAAAUCAACUACAGCUAGUCCUCAUCAGGAUAAAUCAUCCUGGAAAAAGAUACUUGAAUUCUUUCACAACAUCUUGGAGGAGCUGAUGGCUCCUCCUACAAUUGCCGCGAUUAUUGGAUUCAUCUUUGGAGCGAUUACUUGGCUGAGAAACCUUAUAAUUGGUGAUGGUGCACCCUUGAGGGUGAUCCAAGACUCAAUUAAAAUACUUGGGGAUGGAACAAUUCCAUGCAUCAUUCUUAUACUUGGAGGCAAUCUCAUUCAAGGUUUAAGGUCUUCAACACUAAGGCCGAUGGUGAUCAUAGCUGUGGUUUGUGUUAGAUACAUUAUCCUUCCUGUGAUUGGUAUAUGGAUUGUUAAAGGAGCCUCCACUCUUGGUUUCCUUCCAUCGGACCCUCUAUACCACUUUGUGCUCAUGAUUCAAUUUACUGUUCCACCCGCCAUGAAUAUCGGUACAAUGACCCAGUUGUUUGAAGUGGCUCAAGAGGAAUGUUCAGUCCUCUAUUUAUGGACAUACUUGGUUGCAGCACUAGCACUCACAUCUUGGUCGACAGUCUACAUGUGGAUCUUGACCUAAACACGUAUUAUAGCAUUGGAAAGUCAAGACAAAAGACAUUGAACACCAACUUGUAUCUCCAAAUCCUAUUUCUAAAACCUUCUGUCCUUUGGCUUUGGAGAAUGAACCAGGCCACUUUGAACACAAUUUGGAAAGUGUCAUUCAAUAUACAGAUCCCUAUAAUUGGAUU